GCGGCGCGCUCCUUGCCCCCGCUCUGCUUCUCGGCGGCCGGCGCAACAGGCAGCUUCCUGCUUACUGGAAGAUGUCAGCAGUUGGAAUAGUGUCCUCCUGUUCCUGUCUCCGUCCUAGUGUAUGGCUGCUGAAACCAGGAAUCCAGAAGGCAAGCUCCUUUGGCUUACAUACGGCAGCCAGGUGUGCUGCCAAGGAUUACUAUGAAGUACUUGUGUUGGGUGGAGGUGCUGGUGGAAUCGCCAUGAGUGCUCGUAUGAAGAGGAAAGUAGGGGCAGAAAAUGUGGCUGUUGUUGAACCAAGUAAGACUCAUUACUAUCAGCCACUGUGGACCCUGGUUGGUGGUGGUGCAAAGCAGCUAGCAACUUCUGCGCGUCCAACAGGAAGCGUAAUGCCGGCAGGUGUUGAGUGGAUCCAGUCUCGAGUUACAGCAUUAGAUCCAGAUAAGAACUGUGUCUAUGUGGAGAAUGGCAGCAAGAUAUCUUACAAGUACCUGAUAAUUGCCCUUGGGAUUAGUCUGCAUUACGAAAAGAUCAAAGGCUUGCCUGAAGGUUUUCAUCACCCUAAAAUAGGUUCCAAUUAUUCACUGGAUACAGUAGAGAAAACAUGGAAAGCUGUACAAGAUUUUAAGGAGGGAAAUGCUAUCUUCACUUUUCCAAACACUCCAGUGAAGUGUGCAGGGGCUCCUCAGAAGAUCAUGUAUUUAUCAGAGGCCUACUGGAGGAAAACAGGAAAACGGUCCAAAGCAAACAUAAUGUUCAACACUUCACUUGGUGUCAUUUUUGGUGUUAAGAAGUAUGCUGAUGCAUUGCUUGAAAUAAUAAAGGAGAGGGACAUCACUGUUAACUAUAAGCGCAAUCUCAUAGAAGUUCGAGCAGACAAGCAGGAAGCUGUGUUUGAAAACCUGGAGAAGCCUGGAGUGACUGAAGUUCAUCAGUAUGAAAUGCUUCAUGUCACACCCCCCAUGGGGCCACCUGAUGUACUUGUCAACAGUUGUGUCUCGGAUGAAGUUGGCUGGGUGGAUGUAGAUAAGGAAACUCUACAACAUAAAAAGUACCCUAAUGUGUUUGGCAUUGGAGACUGCACCAACCUUCCAACUUCCAAAACUGCUGCAGCCGUAGCUGCCCAGUCUGGAGUGCUUGACAGAACUAUUUCCCUGGUAAUGAAGAACCAGUUGCCAACUAAAAAGUAUGAUGGAUAUACUUCCUGCCCGCUAGUAACAGGCUACAACAAGGUGAUUCUAGCGGAAUUUGACUACAAUGCUCAGCCAUUGGAGACCUUUCCCCUUGACCAGAGUAAGGAGAGAGUAACCAUGUACCAUAUGAAAGCUGAUAUGAUGCCUUUUCUCUAUUGGAAUGCACUACUCAAGGGAUACUGGGGAGGACCAGCUCCUAUCAGGAAGCUUAUGCAUCUGGGCUUCAAGUAACUGCUGCCUGGUCAGUCCUUUUUCAAGGGCUGUUCUCACAGUGGAUCAGUACACAGCUUCCCUCUUGGGCCACCUCGUACUGUUUUCCUAAAUCAAGCUUUUGUCCUAAAGUCACUUCUUCCCUUACUAGGGGUUAAGCCUUCAUAUUCUUUCACUGCUUUUCUAAAUAAACCAAGGCCUUAAACUACUUCUCUACACAGACAGGAAUAUGAACUUGCCUCAAGCUACUGAACACUACUCAAAUUGUCUGGAGACAUCAGUAAUUUUAAAGCUGUUGUAUAUCUAAGAUCUUUUCCAACUUUAAACUGAAUUGUCUGCAUUCAAGAUCAAUGUGUACACUGAAUUGAACAGAAUUCAAUGCUAGUAAAAUGGCUUGAAAGCAGCCUAUUGUGGUCUCAUGUUUGAAAAGCAAGAUCAACCCCACUUUCUCCAGCAAGAUGAUCCCCAAUUAGUUGGAUCAGAAAUUAAUGCAGGUUAAUUGAAGGGAAGAAUUUACAUUAAGUAUGUACGGGUAAAUACGUAGGUACACACUAUGAUGUUUUGCUGUCACAAACUAAUAACAUGACUGGGAGAAGACUAAGUUCAUUUGAGGCCCCAUGAGACUGAAGCACAAAUUAAGAUGAGAGACAAAGGGGAAGUGCUUUUUAAUUAUGACCAUGUAUAACUCAGUUUCAAGGGAAGAUUGAACAAAGUCGAAUUUAAGAGUUGAGAGUCUUCACAGAAGCUGGAACUUUAGUGGCAGGCAGGUAGGCAGCGUGGAGCAAACAGGAGUCAUCUUCACUCACAAGAAUUGGAAGCAGCUUAUUUCUAAACAGAAAGAUACACAUGAACAUGUUACAACUUUAUGCUUUUUGACACAGACUUUAAAAGGAUUGACUUUUGAGUUGCAAUUACAAGCACAAACAUGUACCUGCAUAUUAAGUAAUUCUUCAAUCUUAUUCUGGAUCUGUCCAUACACAUCAUUAAACAGCUCCUCCUUGGA